UCCAGCCACAUUAAAAUCUGCACCACCACUUGAUGCCGCUGACCUUGGCUGACGGUGAUACCUCCAUACAUCCAUCCUACAUUCUGCUUUUCUAUUCACCAUGGCUUCAUCGGACGGCUUGGACGAGGACUGCGUCUUGCAGCGGGGAAGAUCUCAAAGUGACCCGAGCAGCAUCACCGAGGUCCGCCUAGGUGAAGCGCACAGAGCAGAUGUGAUGGACCAGCAGAGAGCGCUGCAUUCGGGUUGCCUGGUCUCAGGGGUUCGCACGCCUCCCGUCCGCCGCAACAGCAAGCUGGCCAGCCUGGGACGCAUCUUCAAGCCGUGGAAAUGGAGGAAAAAGAAAAACGAGAAGCUGAAGCCCUCGGCAAUGCUGGAGAAGAAGGCAGCUGUACGGCAGAGCAGAGAUGACCUCGUCAGGAGGAACCCCGGGGAGCCGGAGACAGACUCAGAUCUUGCUUGUGGGGGGAACGGCGAAGACCCCGACACCCCGACACACUCUGACGCUGAGGACAGAGAUGAGGAGCCCAUGGCGCCAUUAGCCAACACCUUGGAAGACAUGACCAGCGAUCUAGAUCCGUCAACAGUGCAAGAUUUGACGGAGGAUUCAAAGACAGGUGGAGAUCACAGCCAGAGCGAGGAGGGAGAAGACGACAGCACGUCCCUAACUGACCCCAGCGAUGACCAGUCCAUGGGGAAAGUGGAGGCUACAGAGGGGCAACAGGAGGUGGUGGUGGCCCAGCCGCAGAGACGAGCCAGCACCCCGCCUCCGCCCAACCUGCCAGUCAAACUGCUCACCAGACUGGGCAGCCUGGAGGGCCCUCAUCCGGUAGCAGUGAAAAAGUCACCAGCCACCUUGCCCAGGAACUUCACACUUCCCAAAGACCCCCAGGGCUCCCUGCUGCGAGGCAGGAUCUCCACCCCGACUGGGUCGCCCCACCUUGGGGCGCUACACCAACAGUUGCCCCCUAGCUGCAUCAUCGAGGAACUACACCGUGCUCUGGCCACCAAACAUAGACAAGACAGCUUCCAGGCAAAGGAGGUGCGCUCAUCUCCAAAGCGCCGUUUAGACGGUCGUCUGUCCCGUACGUCCAGCACGGAAAAAGAACCCGCCGGCGAGUCGGAGAGCAAGAAGGAAUCGGAUGAGAACAAGGAGAACCGCCGUCUAGACGAAUAUUACAGUGACCAGGACAGCUGGAAUGAGUCGGUCAUCUCCGGCACCCUCCCGCGCAGGAUGAGGAAGGAGCUACUGGCCGUGAAGCUCCGGAACCGGCCCAGUAAGCAGGAGCUGGAGGACCGCAACAUCUUCCCCGUCCGCAGCGACCAGGAGCGCCAGGAGAUCCGCCAGCAGAUAGAGAUGAAGCUGGCCAAGAGACUGAGCCAGAGGCCGGCGGUGGAGGAGCUGGAGAGCCGGAACAUCUUGAAACAAAGAAAUGACCAGACUGAACAGGAGGAGCGGAGGGAAAUCAAACAGCGGCUGAACAGAAAGCUUAACCAGCGGCCUACAGUGGAUGAGCUGCGGGACAGAAAGAUCCUCAUUCGUUUCAGUGACUAUGUGGAAGUGGCCAAAGCUCAGGACUAUGACAGACGUGCUGACAAGCCCUGGACCAGACUGUCAGCUGCUGACAAGGCGGCGAUACGGAAGGAGCUGAACGAGUUCAAAAGUAAUGAGAUGGAAGUUCAUUCUUCGAGCAAGCACCUGACAAGGUUCCACCGGCCUUAGCAAGGUUUCUUCUGUGAAGAGUUGCUGAUGUUUGGUUCUGUCAGUGAAGACCUUGCAUGGAGUCUUCCAGUGCCCCGGCCCACAGUCAGUGGGUGUCCUGAUAUUUGGGUCCAGUGAACCUUGGAGGCUAUGUCUCUAGAAUUGGAGCUGCCAGGUGAAGGAGUCGCAUGCAGCAAGCUCCACUUCUGCUCAGAGGAACAUCUCCUUAACCCUCAUUUUACCUUGUCAGAGGACCAGGAAAAAACAAGAUCAUAUUCUCCAUAUGAAUAUAAGGACAGACACUUUUGUUUUUUGUUUUGUUUUUUUGUAAACAGACUAUUUUGGAAGAUGGCCUUUUUGAAUGCCACAGGGGGAAAUGUGCAUGUGACCAAGUCAACUUGUCCCACUCCAUUACCAGUAGUCACAUCCCCGAGCUGUGUCUGGGUCUCACCGAUUCAGUUGAUUCAGUUUCAUAUCAACGGUGUAAAUGUUCUUAAACAGAAACCUUGUCUGUGUACAAGACAAAAAUCCCUUUGUAAGCACUAUUUAUUGUCUGCACAAUACAGGUUUUGAAUUUGUAAGAAA